AUGUCGCCUUUCGUUAUGGACGGUAACAGGAGAUAUGCCCGUAUGAAUCACAAACAGAUACCCCAGGGUCACGCAGAAGGAUACGUUGCUCUGAGGAGGGUGCUGGAGAUAUGCCUUCGCCUGAACAUCAAGUGUGUCUCGGUGUACGCUUUCGCCAUUGACAAUUUCAAGCGCCCAGAAGACGAGGUGCAAGCACUCAUGUCGCUGGCGCAAGAGAAGCUCAUGGAACUCUGCCAACACGGGGACCUGCUGGAGGAGUAUGGAGUCCGGCUGAAUGUCCUUGGGAAGAGAGAGCUUCUCCCGAAACCUGUGCGAGAGGCUAUACGGAUGGCGGAGAAUAUGACGCGAGGACAUAAUCGGUCCAUCCUGAAUAUAUGCAUGCCGUAUGCUUCUACGGACGAGAUUACCACGGCUGUUCAAUCCUGCGUGAAGAACGCGCUUGCGAAGGAUGAUGUAGAUUUGCGAAUAUCGACUCAGGAUGUUGAGGAUAACCUCAUGACGAGCAAGGCUGGGAGCCCGCCGUUAGACAUUAUGAUUCGGACUAGUGGUGUCAAGCGUCUUAGCGAUUUUCUCUUGUGGCAGUGCUGCGAAGAUACGCAAAUACAGUUUUGUUCUGCGUACUGGCCUGAUUUCGGGCUCUUUGACUUUGUACCGAUCAUAUUGGACUUUCAGCGCAAGGCCUGGACUAUGUAG